UUUAUAUCCAAAAUAAUUUUAAAAUUUAUAUGUAGAAAAUAUUGAGAAUAUGGUCAUAAAUAAAAGGGAAAAUUAUUACAUGAAAGACAAUUCUACCCUUCUGACUUGCAUCAAGUUAUGAAUUCUCCACAAGACUAGUAGUGUUAAAUCCAUCAUCCAUUAAACCAGAGAGCAACGGCUUUGUGAAUUUCGGUUUCUUUUUGUCGGUGCACCGAUCUGCUCCAUUUGCCCCGGCUCGAGAUCGGGCGUUCUCAGCCGUCCGAUCUCUCUCUACUGCGCGGAUCCGAUUUCCUUUUGAUACCUCCAAUGGUAAUGGAUAGUCAAAGUUGGUAUUUGGAUUUAAACCAUGAACAGUGGGCUGCACUCCCAGUAGAAGGGCAGCGCCCUGCUGCUCGGUACAAGCAUGCUGCAACAGUGUUUGGAGAGAAGUUAUACAUUAUGGGUGGAAGCCGCAAUGGUAGAUACCUAUCUGAUUUACAGGUGUUUGAUCUGAAAAACUUGAUGUGGUCAAGUAUCAAGCUGAACAUGGUAGCUGCUGAUGAUAAAAGUAAAGAUGGUGCCAAAAUGGAAGCUUUCUCGGCAACCUCGGGCCACAGUAUGAUCAAGUGGGAUGGAAGACUUCUUCUUCUUGCUGGGCUCACAAAGGAGAGUGGUGACACAGUCGUAGUGCGGUUCAUUGAUCUUGAAUCAUACCAUUGCGGCGUUGUUGAGACCUUUGGAAAUAUUCCGGUAGCUCGGAGUGGGCAGUCUGUUACGCAGUUUGGUUCUAAAAUUAUCAUGUUUGGUGGAGAAGACCGCCAUAGACGAUUACUAAAUGAUGUUCAUGUUCUUGAUUUGGAGACAAAAACAUGGAGUGCUGUUGAGACUACCCAGACACCUCCAUCCCCUAGAUUUGAUCACGCAGCUGCUCUACAUGCUGAUCGAUAUCUUUUCAUCUUCGGUGGAUGCUCUCAUUCAGUCUUCUACAAUGACCUUCAUGUGUUGGACUUAGAAACAAUGGAAUGGUCCAGACCACAAUUGCAGGGUGAUUUGAUUGCUCCUAGGGCUGGUCAUGCUGGUGUUGCAGUUGAUGGAAAUUGGUAUAUGGUUGGUGGUGGAGAUAACAAAAGUGGUGCCCUAGAGACCAUUGUUAUAAAUAUGUCUAAGCUUGCUGUAUCCGUGGUGACUAGCGUAAAAGGAAGAGAUCCACUAGCUAGUGAGGGUAUCAGCAUUUCAUCUGCAUCACUUGGUAGUGAGAAUUUGUUGAUCACAUUUGGCGGCUACAAUGGGAAGUAUUACAAUGAGGUAUUUGCUAUGAGGGUCAAACCUAGGGAUUAUUUGCAGCCUAAGAUUUUGCAAUCACCAGCAGCAGCAGCUGCCGCUGCUUCUGUUACUGCUGCAUAUGCCCUGGCAAAACCUGAACUGUUGAAUUUCAGUGAAAAAGAAGAUUUGAAUUCUAAGAUAAUCCCAGUGGAUACCUCCCAGAAGGAUAUUUCGGCUGAAAUUAACUCAAUCAAAGAAGAAAAGAAGGCUUUGGAAUUGUCACUUGCUGAGAUUACAACCGACAACUCUGCUAUCAAGACAAAGAUUGAAGAGAUAAAAGGAAAUUAUGCUGAGCUGUCCAAGGAAUUGCAUUCAGUGCAAGGACAGCUUGUUCAGGAGAGGUCAAGAUGUGCCAACCUGGAGGCACAAAUAGCGGAGCUACAGAAGGUGCUCGAAUCACUCCCGUCAUUAGAAGAAGAGGUUCAAGCACUUAGGAGAGAAAAAUCUGCACUUGAAAGUGAUAUGGAGCACGCAGAAGUCCAGAAGCAGCGAUCUGGUGGUAUCUGGAAGUGGGUUGCAGGAUAAGCUAAUUGCUUGGAACAGAUGAAGUUGCCAUGGGCAGUUGAGCAAGUUCUCUCUGACGUGGAGUCCGUAAAUCUGGUGACUGUCCGACUGAAGACCCUGGAGGCUCUCGUGACCUUUACUGAGAUCACUGUGCUUGCCAGAGCAAAAUUUGAAGUACUUUUUCCUCUUGUAGAAUGUCUUGGCUUAGAAUACUACAUAUGAAACAAGUGUUUCUUGAAUUACUUGGGAACAGCACGAAUCCCUUGUGACUUUUUUUGUAAUUUAGGUGACUUUAAACAUUUAGAUUCAUUCAUUUUUCUUUAUCUGUAAUGUAAUACUUCCAAUUAAAACGAAUGACUACAUUAUGCUA